AUGAGCAAUACGAUUGUCUGGAUAGUUCUCCUCAUCAUUGAACAUGUAUCUUCUUCAUCAGUUUCUUUCAAUCAACUAAAGUUCUGUUCAAAUGCGACAUGGAACCUGAACGCCACAACGUUUGCCAGUAAUAUUACCGUAGGUUCAAAGCCAUACGCAAUUUUUAUUGAUAACAACAACACAAUUUAUGUUGCUAAUCAACAACAUAACCGAAUUGUCAUAUGGCCACAAGGCAAUUCCACACUAACGACACUUUCCCUUGCGAAUCUGUCUACACCAAUGAGCCUUUUUGUUACUUACUCUCGUUAUAUAUAUGUUGACAGUGACAAUCUUACCGGUCGAAUAGAUAAAUGGACAAUAAAUUCAACAGUUGGCAUUCCAGUAAUGUACACAUGUAAUAAAUGCUAUGGUAUUUUUAUCGAUGAUCGUAAUAUGAUGUAUUGUUCGAUGAGUACUGCUCAUCGUAUAGUGACUAUGUCAUCGAAUAGUACUAGUUUAACAACUGUAGCUGGAACAGGUGCAUCCGGCAGUACGGUUUUUACUUUGAGCGGUCCCAGUGGAAUAUUUGUCGAUACGAGCUAUAAUUUAUAUGUCGCAGAUACAAACAAUCAUCGUAUUCAGUUUUUUCGAUCAGGAGAAUUGAAUGGAACUACACUCGUUGGAAAUAAGUCAUUGAUGGCAACAAUUCCAUUGAAAAAUCCAACUGGAGUUACACUGGAUGCAAACGGAUAUCUUUUCAUUGCAGAUAAAGGUAAUAAUCGCAUCGUUGGAUCAGGACCCAACGGUUAUCGAUGUAUAGCUGGAUGCAAUAGUUCUGGCCCAACACCGUCUCGCUUGUCUUCUCCAUAUUCCAUCGGUUUUGAUAGUUUUGGAAACCUAUUUGUUGUUGACAAUGGUAAUAGUCGAAUUCAGAAAUUCAAUCUGAUCAAUAGUUCGUGUAAUUACACAGAAAUAACAUCAACAACAACACUAACAACAACAAAAAUAACUUCAGUACAAUCAAAUUCAAUAAACUUUAUUCCUUCGAAUGUUGUUUCCUAUAAUCGACUAAAAUUCUGCUCAUCGGCAAGCUGGAAUCCAAAUGGAAUCACUUUUUCAACAAACGAAACGACUGGUACUCAAAAUUUUGGUCUCUUUAUCGAUAGAAAUAAUACAAUUUAUACAGUUAAUCGAGAUACAGGUGACAUACUAAUUUGGUCGAGUAAUAGCACAAAUGUUACGCGAAGAAUAUCAGGCAAUUACACAACUGCUCGAGGCCUUUUUGUUUCGAUAGCUGGUGAUAUUUACAUUGAUAAUGGAUACCAGAAUGGUCAAGUUGAAAAAUAUUCAUUGACAGACAAUAUCAGUACACCUGUGAUGUUCGUUGGUCAACAAUGUUUCGGUCUCUUUCUCGAUUUUAACAAUACUCUCUAUUGUUCAAAGAAUGGUUUCCAUCAAAUUGUGACAAAAUCAUUGAAUACGAAUUCAGGUUCGAUUAAAAUAGUAGCUGGAAGAGAUUGUGCUGGUUCACUGCCAAACCAACUAAAUGCACCACAUGGACUUUUUGUUAAUAUCAAUUUCGAUUUAUAUGUAGCCGAUUAUGGUAAUAAUCGAAUUCAACUUUUUCGACCUGGUGAAUUGAAUGGAACAACUGUAGCAGGGAAUACAUCAAUCAAUACGACGAUCUCAUUAUACAAUCCAACAGGAAUUACUUUCGAUGCCGAGGACAAUAUUUACAUUGUGGAUAAAAGUAAUCAGCGUAUCGUGGUAUCGGGACCGACUGGAUUUCGAUGUUUUCUCGGAUGCAACGGGUCAGGUUUAUUACCUUAUCAAAUGAAUGCACCACAGAUUCUUAGUUUUGAUAUUUAUGGUAAUAUCUACGUCACUGAAUGGGCCAACAAUCGCAUAAAACAAUUUUUCAUUGUUAAUAAUUCAUGCGGUAAAUAUCUAUUGAAAUUUACUCUGCGUUUCCUCAAGAAAUCAUUUCUUCUAGAUGAACCCACAACGCAACUCUCAACAGUAGUGACGACUGUGUCUUAUCAAAAGGCAAAUGUUUCUUCGACAGUUUUGAUCUUGCCAUCCUGUCUCAAUCAGAACCAAAUAGGUUCCAAUUGUAAUCAUUCAUCUGCACCCUGUGAUAUUCUUAUGCCCUGUCAAAAUAGCGGUACUUGUAUCAAUGGAAACAAAACUGUAAAUGAUUACAGUUGUGUGUGUUUGUCUGGCUUCAAUGGUACUCAAUGUGAAGUUGAUAAUCGAUUAUGUAAACCGAAUACAUGUCAGAAUAACGGUAAAUGCACAGAAACAUCGUCCACGACAUUUGAAUGCUCAUGCCGGUCUGGUUGGACGAAUACCUAUUGUGAAACCAAAGAAAAUUACUGUGAAAAUAUCACAUGUUUGAAUAAUGGUAUAUGUCGACCAUUGUUAUUGAAUUUCACAUGCGAAUGCCUUGGAACAAGUUAUUCUGGUCGAUAUUGUGAAAAUAGAGAACAAACAACAGUGGUGCGUCAAGCUGUUUCCAGAUCAUUUAGUUACAUAGCUAUUAUUUUUAUAUCAAGUGUGGCUACAUUUAUUAUUGUCAUGGAUGUGCUGAAAUAUGUAUUUGGUAUUGAUUUAACAAAAGGUGACUAUCAAGAACUCGCACGAAAGCGAAGACGCUGGCGUCGAUAUAGACCAUGGCAUUCGAAAGAAGCCAAACAUCCUAAACAAAUGCAACGACUUGUCUACACCAACAGUUUGAGAGUACCAUCUAGCGGAACUCUUGCUAUGCCGAAUAUCUCCAUCAUUGAAGAAACCAUUUGUUAG